AUGUUAGACGAGGACGAAUUUGAGGGAUCGGAUUACGCUGGGUCGCUUGCGUCUUCAGGCUUCACCUCGCUUGCUUCUCGUGUCUUGGAGCAUUCCCACGAAGGCGGAAGACGUUAUCAAUCAUUCCAGCAAGGCAAAUACCCGCUACCAAACGAUGAGACGGAACAAUUCCGCGAGGAAAUGAAGCACCAGCUAGUCAAACGUCUUCUCGAUGAAAAAGAUUACCUAUCGCCCAUCGGCAACAACCCGCAGAAGAUCAUGGACAUCGGUACUGGCAUUGGCCUUUGGGCUGUUGAUAUUGCGGACAAGUUUCCUAGUGCACACGUUAUUGGGGUGGACAUCUCACCAAUACAGAACUGUUACGCACCCCAAAACGUCGACUGGAGGAUUGACGAUAUUCAAGAAACCUGGCCACCACUGUAUUCCGACCUCGAUUUUGUCCACCUCAGAUCGGUCAGUGUGACCCUUCGGGAGCCAAUCAAGGUCAUCCGCUCGGCGUACGAGAAUCUCAAACCAGGCGGCUGGAUCGAAUUUCAAGACGCCGGCGUUAGGAUCGGCUGCGACGAUAACACUCUACCUGAAGAUUACGCACCUGCCAAAUUCAUGGACACUUACAUCCGCACAUUCAAAACACAUUUUGGUUGGGACCUGGAAUUCCCUAAUGUUCUACCAGAGGUCCUGAAAGACACAGGAUUUAUUAACAUCCACCACCGGUACCAUAAACUACCAAUUGGCCCCUGGGCUAAGGACCGGAGCCAGCGCGAGAUUGGUCUCUUCCUCAGCAAGGACGUGCUGUGGCAACUCGUCCGCGCUGUGCUCGUGAAGUGGCCACGGAUGGGCCUGACAAAGCAGGAAGCCGAUGCUAUGGAACAGGACAUCCGAGAGGCGUUUGAAAACACCUCGUACCACGCAUACCUUCCAUGGAUAUCCAUCUGGGCCCAGAAGCCACCCAGCUGA